AUGUUCUGUUACACCAUCUUCUUCCACUUAUCCGCCGGCCCCGAAGUCACUCCCAAUGGUACAAUCGUUCUAGGCCUCCUAUUUGGAAGAGAUGUCCUCCCAACCAAGAGUCCCUGGAUCGUCGCUCUUUACGGUCAAUACAACGAGAAUACCACCAAGACAACCUCAACAAUAAACGAUCUACGUAUACUUCCAUUCUUCUUACACAUUGUCGUCCAACUAUCUCACUCGCCCCUGUCCUAUGGCUACCCAUGUCCAAGUCUGAAAGAGGUCGUUGCAUACGUUGGCGUCUUACCUGACUUCCUGGCGGUCGAUACAAAACCUGUCCUCGGCACCCUGGUCAACCUUUCACAAAAGUCAUAUCAUUUACUGUCUCCAGAUGCCUCAAACCAUUUCUGACCCAUUGUCCUUCCUUUUAAAUAUGCUACCUACCAAGAAGCCUCGCUUUGCUAACACAACACUCUCAUGGACCAUCCGCUGGUCAACCAUAUGCAGAAUCCUAUAUGAACUCGAUUACCUAUAUCGCGCUAAGCUUCCACCUACCCCGCCCACUCACCUCGGGCAAAAACUCUUAGAAUGGCUCCUCUCUUUUCCUUCUCACUAGUGUACCUUACACUU